CAGUAGCUUGGUGACCCUCACUCACACCCAAGAAAACUGAAGUCAAGAGGAUGUGUUGUCAGUCUGAGGCAGCAGAUAGAGAUGGAGAUAGAUAGGGAGACAACAUACAGUCAGAGAUAGAGACUGAGAACAACAGAGACAGCCUCUGGCCAUUUUAAAUAUCACAGAGGAGGUCUUCCCCAAAGGACAAGGUGAUCCCAAAAGGAAGUAAAUGGUUGAAUUCCCAGAGGCUGAGAGAGGAAAGCUAAGCAGACAACCAGAUUAGUCUAGUGCUACCAAAUGAGACCUUGCUGGUCCCUUAUCUCUCCUCCUCCACCUUCUGCUUAUACUGGAAGAGUCAGAGACUGGGGUCAUCAAUCCAGAGGGGAAAGGAGAGGGAGAGUGGAGGAGUACUCUCCUGAUAACACAUGCCCACACCUGUGCACGUCAGGGGAUGAGGCCACAGGUCGUACUUAGGAAUAGUUAUUUCACAUAAGAAUGACCACAUAUGAUCCCACAUAUUAUCCCACAUACGAAUGACCAAAUGGAGAUAGUGUAGGUGACUGAAGUGACCAGAAGCCAGCCCAGGAGCUCAUCCAGGACUAGAGAAAACUUUGCCCCAGGGCAGGUUUGAAGUGGGGGAAUAAAGCUGUGUUCUGGUUGUAUGUCACCAAUCCUGCUCCUCCAAGGUGCUGGCUCUGCACUCUGUACUCUACCCAGGAAAAGCCCCCAUUUCUGCCAUCUCCCCUUCCUAUGUUCACAUCAUCCUGGACCCUUAUCUCUUCCCAUCUGGCCUCAGCUCCAGCAGGAGAUGCCCCAUUAGCUGCUCACCCAGGCUUCUAGUGCCUUGGGCUAAUGGACCUGUCACCCCACCCUUCUUUCCCUUCCGGCUCACUAAGUAUCCCAGUCACCCUCCCUCAGCCCAGAGAGGGACUCCUGAGCCUCAGAGAUAUCCGGCAGCACCAAGAGAGUCUCUGAAGUCAAGCAGCCUUUGCUCUUCUGGUACCAGUAGGCUUUUGUUCUAUCUUCUGUCAAUCCUCUAUCACACCCUUCAUUUUAAGAGGUGAUACAGUGGAAAGAAGGCAGAGGACUGAGGGUUAGCAGCCUCACUUCUAAUCCAGGCUUCCCCGCUAACUGGCUACCACCUCCCUCUGUGGGCCUCUGUCUCCACAUGGCUUCUAAUACCCUGAGUAGUGCUGAAACCAGUUUGUGAUUCCAAGAGUGCCCCUCCUCAGGCCUGAGAUCUGAGGGCAGGAAGCAAGUGAGCACAGGAACCCAUUAGGCCACUGUGACCCAUGGACCUGCCCCCGCAGGUCUCCUUUGCCCUCUAUGUGGCUGCAUUUGGGCUGGGCUUCCUGCUCAACACCCUGGCCAUCAGGGGUGCUGUGGCCCAUGCCCGACUCCGCCUCACCCCCAGCAUUGUCUAUGCCCUCCAUCUGGGUUGCUCAGACCUCCUGCUGGCGGCCUCCCUUCCCCUGAAGGCAGUGGAGGCACUGGCUGCAGGAGCCUGGACUCUCCCGGCUGCACUCUGUCCAGCCUUUGCCCUGGCCCACUUUGCUCCACUCUAUGCAGGUGGUGGCUUCCUGGCUGCCCUGAGUGUUGGCCGCUACCUAGGAGCUGCGUUCCCCUUGGGUUACCAAGCUGCCCGGAGGCCCUGCUAUUCCUGGGGUGUGUGUGUGGCCAUAUGGGCCCUUGUCCUCUGUCACCUGGGGCUGGUCUUUGGAUUGGAGGCUCUGGGAGGCUGGAUGGACAAUACCACCAGCUCCCUGGGCAUCAACACACCAAUCAAUGGCUCUCCAGUCUGCCUGGAAGCCUGGGACCCAGCCUCAGCAGGCCCUGCUCGUCUCAGCCUCUCUCUCCUGCUCUUCUUCCUGCCUCUGGCUAUCACAGCCUUCUGUUAUGUGGGCUGCCUUCGGGCACUGGCCGGCUCAGGCCUGAGCCACAGACGGAAACUAAGAGCGGCCUGGGUGGCUGGUGGGGCUCUGCUCACACUGCUGCUCUGCUUGGGACCCUACAAUGCCUCCAAUGUGGCUGGCUUCCUAUACCCCGACAUGGGAGGCUGCUGGCGGAAGUUAGGGCUCCUCACAGGUGCUUGGAGUGUGGUGCUCAACCCACUGGUGACAGGCUACUUGGGAGGUGGUUUUGGCCCUGGGACAUCACAUGUGGCAAGAAUGAAAGGGAGUACAGCCCAGAAGCAGUAGCCCCUGGUGGGGAGAAAGA